AGUCAAAUCAAACUUGUAUUACUGUUCUAGAAGUAAAUUGUUUAAUACAAAAUGUUUAAAUAUUUCUUACUUUUUCUGAUUGCUGCUGCUUUGGCUGCCGACACUUAUUUGUCCGAUGAUGAAGAGUUUGAAAAAUUCAAGAAAGACUUCAGCAGAAAUUAUGAGACUCCCAAUGAAGAACAGCACCGCAGAGGAAUUUUUGUUAAUACUUUAAAUACAGUCAAAGCACACAAUGCCAAAUUCGAAAGAGGAGAGGUUUCUUAUUCCUUAGGCAUAAACCAGUUCGCUGAUCUUACCCAAGAUGAAUUUGAAAACAGGUACACAAUGAAAAAGUGGGUAGAGCAACAGGGAAAAGGAAAACUUGCCACGAAAACUGCUACCCAGAAUUAAUCUACAGAAUUAUCGAUCUAUUGUAGGGUUUAUUACAGAAUAUAUGGAGUAAUGGAUAUGAUAGAAAUAUCUAUCAUAUCCAUUAGUCAUUACAGCUAACUGUUUUGUUUGAAACAAUAAAUUUUUACAUAAAAUAA